AGGCAUAAAAUGUCUCCAGGGUGCUGAUUUGGCCAUUCUUCCUUUUCUACUCUUCAACAAGAUUGCACAGCCAUUGGACUGGUCCUUGUGCUAAGCUGGUACUUGGUGGUGAUUGGUUCCAAGGCACACAAAGCUUUUUAAAAUGGCCAUCCAGGAAGGGUUCUGCAAGGGUCUGGGCCAGCUUGAAGCCUACGUUAAUGCGGAGGAAGGUGUGGCUUUCCAGAUGGACAAUGGCAUGUAUUGGGGCUCCAUAAACGAAGGCAGAGUAUCGUGCAUUGAAGGUGUCACACAAAAAAUCGAGGCUUGCAAAUUUCAUGUCAUCUGCCUGCCUUCAGGGAAAAUUAUGAUAAAAAACUGGAUGGGCCUGUACCUUGCUGCAAUGGAUGUACCUUCGGAAGUACUCUUCCCGAUCCAACCUGUCACGUUUACAGACAAUGAGAACGAAGAGUAUGAUGUCUUUUACAAACACAACAAAGUAACUUUCAAGGCCUUCAAUGGGCUUUUCUUGGGAAGAAGGUGUAACAAGCGCAACACUCUGACAGCGACCAGGUUCUAUCCUGAUGAAACCUGCUAUUUCUAUCCCGUGAUUGGAGACAUCCAUCCCCCUGUGAUGGAAAUACUUGGGGUGGUGCCUUGUGAUAUUUCAGGAGUGAGUUGUACUCCUUAUAUUAUGGGGGAACAGACUUUCACCAACUGGAGUGAGGAUCCAGUAAAGCACACCUUCACUAUGAUAUGGGAGACUUGCAGCUUUGACCGCAUUAUCUGGACCCGUCUGUGGGGGCUUGGUGUGAUGUGUGCUUGCAACUUCAAGAUCCUAGAUACGAAAGCCAAUGUGCUGUACUCUCAGAACAAUGAGCAGGUUGUCAAUGUGCUUAGGUUUAUUGCUGAACAUUUAACACAAGAAGUGGAAGUGCCUCCCAGGACUGAAGCCAGAGGCCAAUUUUGUGUUGACAAGCAAAAUUUUGCUGCUUUAGGUUUCACAGCCAUUGUUCGAAAGACAAGACCUGAUGAGAGUUUCACCUUUCACAUUGUAGGUGGGUCCUGGAAGGGACUUGUCUAUAAUAAAUUACGAUUGGAAGUUACACAUACACCCAUUUGACUUUGGGAGAGCAGCAGAAACUUUUGGUCUUUCGACGAAAGUUGGGUACCAGUUGAUGCAUACAUGAAGUAACAGGGCUGUGAACACGUAAAUUUUCCCAAUCUAAUCCUUCGUUGGAUGCUUCUGCUUUCUGGUACAGUUCAACUCUGGUAAAGCCUUGGGCACUUUUUCCUUGGGCACUUUUAGCACUUCCUCACUACUACCCAGGUGCCGGAAUACAAAAAUUAUGAUGGCUACCUUUUUAAGACAAGAGGCAGAACCCUCCUCACUUUUCUGCACGGUUGAGAGAAAGUCAAUAAAAUUGUGAAUCUUUUUUUUAA